CACCGUCAUUGCUCCGCUACUCGCAUACUGCCUACUCAGACGCUUUCUCUCUUUUCUUGUCCUUUCUUUUGGCUGCUCUUACUAUUGUCUCUGCGCUCGCAGUAUCUUAACUUGGCAACCUCGAAAUCGGAGUCGAGCUUCUCCGCAUCUCGAUAGUCCUGCUUUUGGAACUCCCUGAGACGCCGGCUCAUCGUUGGUCUCUGCGUUUGCAGCGUAUAGACUUGGCGGCUUCGAGAUCGAACGUCGGGCUUCUCCGCAACCCAACAAUCCUGCUUUCGACAGGCCCUGAGACACCAGCUCAUCGUUGCCGAGUCAUACAUGACGAUUGACAAUGCGAUUGUAGACCGCAACAGCUGGAAGUCGCACACCCGAAUUUCCUACGAAUCCACUGGGACAUGAUUAUACGGACUUCAAGCACAAGAAUACACUGUCGUCAGGCGAUUGGCGUCGUACAGGAAGAGGCUGCGAAAGACACGGCCCGCGCUGGUCAUACUGUAGUAAAAACUCCCAACCGUACACGCAGCCCGCUAUGGCAAACACCACGUUACUAGGAAACUGCGUAGCACCGUUCCUGGAUGCUUCGAGGUUUCCAUCGGACGAAGGAUUUAUCGAUGGACGGUUAUGUGCUGUCAUUGCAGGACUGCAGGAUUCGCCCACAUGCUGCUUACCGUGCCCUGCAACUCGUUAUGUGUACUCUGACCAGUUCAACACUUACGGUAUGGUGUCGGAAUGGCUGAAUGUGGUUGGCCUGGCUCUAUUAUGCUUCAUGAUGCUCUCUUACACAAUUCUACCCACACAACAAACGAGAAGUCAUUACUUGUCCGUCUGUUUGAUCAUAUCUGUUGGAAUGAUUGCUCUUGGAUUCACAAUACCUCUAGGAGCACGACCGGACCAGUGCUACAACGAGAUCACCCCGAACGACAUGUAUACAUCAAUGGCUUGUGCCUGGGGAGGAGCAUUCAUCAUUGCAGGAGGCCUCUCAGUCAUCAUGUGGGUGUUCAUUCGGGCUCUGUCAAUGAACUUGCAGAUCUGCUGGGACAUUGUACCAGGGCGAAAAUUCUUCUACGUUUCGCAGACGCUCGGUUGGGGCAUUCCUGCUGUGCUCUUCUGCAUCACGAUAACGCUUACUGGGGUGAGCUUCCGGUUCGGAAACGCCUGCCACGUCAACCACAAGGACGCAAUGGCAGGCUUCUGGGGACCUCUGAUGGCGCUGGCGGGUGCUGCGGGUGUUCUACAGGUCAUGACACUCAUCUACUGCGCCCAUGUAUAUCUCAAGAACAUGUGGAGCGACAACGCUGCGGAAACAGGCUCAACGAACGCCUCGGGCAGCGGACUACCAUCAUAUCAAAGCAGUGUGCGCAAGCAGACUGCACGUGCAGUGUAUCGACGGCUGAAGAAGGUGCUCUGGUUGCAGUGGCGAGGAAUCUGCAUCGUCACCAUCAUCCUGGUCGAUGUCGUGUUCUUCACGGUAGUCUUUGUGAGAUUGGACAGCAUGCAAAGCUCGGUGAUGGACGACUACGAAAAGGUAUCUCCAUGGUUGGCUUGUCUCACGGCGCAUCCAACAGAUAAAAACCAAUGUCUUCAUUUGGUACAAGGGUGGCUUGUGUCCGAAACGGCCGUCGCUGCAGUUCUCCUGCUGCUGUCGCUCGCUGGAUUCCAAGUCUUUCUUCUCUUAGCGAGAUCUUCGGUCUUUUCAGCCUGGAUGGACUUCUUCCGAAGACGAGCGGCACCUCAUAGGCAAGAGUUUGUCAGCCUUGAUGCGACCCCAGGUAUUCUACGAAGCACUUCCAAGGCAGGCUUAGUAGAGUACCAACGUGGUCAUCAGCACACAGCUUUCGAAAUGCAACCCAAACCGCCACAGGUCACAACACGAAAUUUGAGUGAGAAGGAAUUGGGAGAGUCCACACUGAGCUCUCCCGAAGACUCCUACCACAGCCCCCUGCAACGAGGACAAUCGCCCGCGAUCGGCACAACCAUAGACUUCUCACCACCACACGGCAAUCGUGGCCAAAUGCCACCCGAAUACAUAGGACGCAUCACACCAUCCCCAGCAACCAACCCGGAAAAUCCACUACACACCUGGUCGAGUCCCUACCAUCGACCUGGCUACCAACGAGAAGGCUCCACCGACGAGUAUUCCAACAACGACAGCCAUGUGAACACAGAGCCUUCCGUCGCCAGCAGCAUCAGACUCUCAGAAGAGAGAAAACUCCACCCCCGCCACCACCAACAACCGUCCGAAAACUUUUCCAAACCUCGAACUUCACUCCUCUCCCGACAAAGUAGCACCACCACCACCAUCACCACCAAAUCCGUCAGCUUCGAACAACAACAACAACCUCCUCCUCCUCAGAGGGAAUUAACGUCAUAUACCAGACUAGCGGGUGGCUUAGCGCUGAAUCCUCCGAAUGAAGCUGGUGAGAGUCGAGAGAAUUUGUCGUCGUAUACGACGUUGAAAUUUGAUGUAAAUAAUCGAAUAUGAUGUGGAUGACGUGAUUAAAUAAUUGUCAAUAAAAAAUGAAAAAACUUGAACAUAUCG